ACGAGUGCAUCCGGGGUAUGUCCAACUGUCACCCAUCGGCGACAUGUAUCAAUACACCCGGCUCCUACCAGUGUAGAUGUAAUCAGGGUUACCAAGGAAAUGGAAGAACAUGUAUAGAUAUCAACGAGUGUUCUACUGGUACCUCCAACUGUCACUCAUUGGCUACGUGUAUCAACAUUCCUGGUUCUUACCAAUGUAGAUGCAAUGAGGGUUACCAAGGAGAUGGGAGAAACUGCAUAGAUAUCGACGAGUGCGCUACUGGUACCUCCAACUGUCACUCAUUGGCGGCCUGUAUCAACAUUCCUGGUUCUUACCAAUGUAGUUGCAAUCAGGGUUACCAAGGAGACGGGAUAAACUGCACAGAUAUCAACGAAUGUGAUGCGGGAUCUUUUACCUGUGACCAGAACGCAACGUGUGUCAACUCAAUCGGAAGCUACCAAUGUACCUGCAAUGCUGGUUUUACUGGCGAUGGCACUGUCUGCGUUUUAAUUGUUUCAACUGCCACGAAUGUUCGGUCCAGGGGUGACAUUCCAUGCAUCUCUAAUAUCCAAUGCGAUGACGUCAACACUGAAGGGACAGAGUCUGCUCAACCGGCAUCAAAGUUGUCUGGAGCAAGAUCCUCUGGUGGUGUUGGGGCAAGGACAAAUGGCAAAAGUAAAAAUGGAAAGGUUCCUCCAACUGUAAACCUCACCGUAAUCGCGAUCUACCGUGCUGAUUCAACAAUUGACUUGAUAGCAAAUGGCACAGUGAUUUCGGCAUUUAUCGCCGACCCAUCGGCAGAAUUCGGAACGACUCGCAUAGACUCGGCCGUAACCGGACCCGAUGGCGUGGUAGUGUUGACAGUGCCGCACAAUCAGACCGUUCUCAUUGCUGCCACUCGGAGUGAAUUCCUCAGUAAUUCCAUCACCACUAAGGCAAACUUGAAUCAGAAUAAUGUUGUGACCAUUCCCUUGACUGUGUCGGAUGAAUUCAAUAUAUUUCUCUGGCGAAGGGCAACAUCAAACACCUUUGAGUUUGGAAGAGGAAAUGGCGCGCCGAUGUACCGAGUGGCAUUUCCAGUUCGUGGACUAGCAGUUCCUGAAAGGUCAUUGGUGGAAAUCGAAUUUUAUGAGGUCAACAUAACCAAUCCUAAAGAUUUGCAAUACGCCCCAGAAUUAAUCGCCGAGGUCCCCAGAGCUCCUCUUGAAGAGUUUGGGAGGCGGAACAGUGAUGGGAUAUCAAAACACGACCUUGUUUCUCUUGAGGUAGUGAGUAUGAUGGAGCUUCGUAUGUCUCGUCAGGGCGAGGUCCCAAGAAUCACAGGUCCAGUCACUCUGACCAUGCCGAUCUUUAACCUACCACAGGAUCUAUCGGUAGGAGAUUCCCUGGAUGCCUGGUUCUUCGAUACUAACCACGGUGUGUGGAGGAACGACGGAGCGGGAGUGAUAGGGGUGGAUCCCGACAGUAACAAGCUCGUCUGGACUUACCAACCAACGCACUUCACCUGGUGGGCCGCAGGAAGACCGCAGUAUAUACCUAGUUGUGUCAAGGUCAAGACUUGCCUGGAUGAAGCGUGUGUAAAUCCUUUACCGGCUAUCAAGAUAAGUCUAAUGGGUGAUAACUAUGGAUUUAUGAGCUCCAGGAUAACCGAUCAAAAUGCCGAAACGUGCUUCUCAUUCAAACACGGAAGUAACGUGUUUCUCCAAGCAGCAUGCACCACACAAAGAAUACAAGUUGGCAGUACGACGCAGCCCGCCCUCUGCGACAAUUCAGCCGUUGAUAUUCCUUCAUUUCGGUCUUCUUCCGGUACUACUACGAACGUCUGCAAGGAGGUCACAAUGAUUAUUCCAUCAUCGGCAGUUAACCCCACAUGCCCUGACCCUGGUGAGGCCGAAUCUGCAACACGUACCUUGAGCGGCCUCCGGUAUUCCAACUCGGUGCAGUACACCUGCGCUCCUGGCUUCUCACCUGAAGUCGGGUAUGGCUACCGGACGUGCUUAGAAUGUGGAGCGUGGUCGGAUCAACCUGUCAAUUGUGCGUUCACACGUUGGUUUCCAUGAGGCUUCUCCAGAGUACACCAAUUGCCAAGGAUGAAUCUGCCGAAAGCAGUGGCAUCGGGUCAUCAUACACAUGACUGUAAACAUGCUUAGCGAUCGACAGCAGAUAUUCUCCGGUCUCUAUUCCUCUGGUUUGUAGAGGUGUGGAAUGUCCAUUGCAAAGGGUGAAGCAAAUUGAAGAUACUAAAUGAGUAGGCCUUCUUAUCAAUUCACGUGGGAAACGGCUCCCUCUUUGGAAAAUUUCGUCCUUUGUUUUUGGAAAUUGUAUUAAAAAACAGUCACACAUCAAUAUCAAGGACGUUGUUUUUUAUAGGGUUUUUCUCAUUUUCCUUAAAAACAAGAUAUGUGCAAGUACUAUUUUGUUAUAUUUCGAUAACCAUUUCCAUUCUUCAGCUCCCCAGGUGUAUUAAAUGACCACAUAUAUCUUCCAAUGAGAUUGAAAGAGACAUAAUGGUCCAUAUAAGAUUCAGAGAAUGGCGAUCGCGUGGUAACAAGAUACCAAUAAACAUCCAGACGAAAAUAAGAUCUGAAAAAACUAGAAAAUUUAUUGUGGGUGUAUAAUGAUAAUCAAAUGUUUUGUGCUGAGGGAAAGUGAUAGGUUUCAAAGGUUUAAUUCAAGCACGAUUCGCUCCUAUUGUGUAUUAUGGUAAUGUUCAGAUGAAUAAAGUAACUACGAUUAA